UCGGGUGCCAUUCUAAUUAUAUUCAUUUGAGAUGCCAGAAUUUCGAAAUCAACUCUUCUAAGCUCUCUAUAGCCUUAGACAGAUAUCCAUAUCUACAGUUCUACGGAAUAUACGAGCCUCAAAAUAACUAUGUCGCAUCGGCGAGUCAAAAACCUCGAUUAUGACGAUGACGAUUAUUAUGAGGAAGAGGGUUAUGACGAGGCAGGCGGGGACGGUCUCAGUGCGGAGGACGAAGAGCAAAUGCGAAUAGGUGUUCAACGCGUCCGAGAAGGAUUAGGUCCAGAUCACAAGAUCUCCGACAAGGACAUUCAGGAAGCUCUAUGGCAUUAUUACUAUGAUGUGACCAAAUCCGUGUCUUAUCUUAAAAACGCUCAGAAGCCCGCACAGGCUACGCCAAAGCAGACCAAACCCGAGUCGAGAUUUGAUCAAGCAGCUAAGGUUGCAGCUAAGCAACACACGAUACAAAAAGAGCCAUACUCCCUAUACCCAGUCCCAGUUCCUAAGAAAAGACGCAUUUCGAACUUCUUUUCCGAUUGCCCAUGGCUCCAGGUCCCUCCGACACGGCAAGGUGCGAUCGUGUCCAUUAGCUCUAGUAGGAGGGAGACAGGCUUGCUGGGAGGGUCAGGAAAACCAUCGAAGCUAGCGGCUCUCGCAGCUGCGCGUCGCAAGAAGCAAGCGGAAAGCUCUGUUCCGAAAGAGAAUGCACCCUCGCAUGAGCCGGAUAGGUCGAUCACCCUACUCGACAAGCUGGGGUCGAAAAGGGAAGCAAUAUCCCCCGGAGUAGCCAUCGAAGAAGAAAAGCCGGUCCCUAUCCGCCACAAACCACCGACACCAAACGAAGCUCCGUCGGGCCCAUCUGCUCUAGUGCCAGAGCCAGUGUCUGAUGUGAAAGAACACGAAUCCCAACCCGUUCUUGGGGUGUGCAAUCAAGACGUCGGGAAUGUAAAAGCUGAUCCCUCCGCCUUUGCCAAUGCUUUAUUGGGAGCGACUUCGUCAAGGCGGUUAUCGCAAGGCUCUACCCCUGAAUCUAGCUCGAGUUUCGCUGUCUCCUACUUCCCGCUCAAAUCUUUCGCUGGCCCUAGUCCCGACGAUGUAGUCAUCGCGGCUCAGUCGAAAGCCUCAAUGGGACCCAAGGGCAAAACCGCGGCUACACAAGGCGGUAAGCCAUCGGAUGGAAACAAAAUAGCUGACGGCGUUGCGGCUCUGAAGAUCAAUGACCUGCCGAAGCCGAAGAGGAGGAAAGUUGAUGUACUUGCCGAGCACAAGAAAGUCUCGGGGAAGAAAUCGGCGAGCUUCGUCGUGAUAGGACAUGUUGACCACGGCAAAAGCACGCUUAUGGGCAGAUUGCUCCUUGACCUGAACGUCAUCACCCAACGCUCUCUUGACAAGCUCCAGAAAGAGGCGAAUACACUGAAAAAAUCCUCAUUUGCCCUGGCCUUUAUCAUGGACUCCAACAAGGACGAACGAGAACGGGGCAUUACCGUCGACAUCGCGACCUCACACUUCUCCACUGACAGCACUAACUACACCAUCCUCGACGCUCCCGGUCACCAGGACUUCGUACCCAACAUGAUCGCUGGUGCCGCCCAAGCGGACUUUUCAAUUUUGGUGGUUGAUGCAAGCCCGAAUAGCUUUGAGUCUGGCAUUCGAGGCCAGACGCACGAGCAUGCACUCAUUGUCCGGAGCAUGGGAGCAUCGAACAUUAUCGUCGCAGUCAACAAGAUGGACGCUGCCCAUUGGUUGCAAGACCGGUUCAACGAGAUCCGGGAGCAGAUGACCGGUUUUCUUACGAAAGUUGGCUUCAAGCCCGAGAACCUGGUGUUCGUGCCCCUCAGCGGCCUGACAGGCGACAACGUUUCCAAACGGCGAGACGACGCAGACGUGAAAUGGUACACAGGCCCCACGCUCGUCAAUGCACUCGAUUCUAUAGCGCCGACGGAACGAGCGAUCGAGAAGCCGCUUCGGCUCGAGGUAUUCGACAUAUCAACGGACAGCCAACUAUACCCAGUCAGUAUCAGCGGACGGCUUACAGCUGGAAACAUGCAGGUCGGGGACGACGUCAUUGCCAUGCCAAGCGGUGAUACCGCCAUUAUUCAGGGAAUCACCAUCGAGGGAAACGACGUCGACUGGGCCGUCGCCGGCUCCAUCGCCACGGUCCAUCUCUCCGGCGUCGACGCCGAACACCUCCGCCAAGGAGACAUCAUCUGCGCUCGCGACUCCCCGGCGCAGAACGUGCGAACUUUCCAGGCGAAGAUUCUGGCGUUCGAGCAAGUGCUGCCGAUGUUCGUGGAGGUACACGCCGGGACGAUGAGCCGCGAGGGGCAGGUCAAAAUGCCGUUGGUGGCGCUGCUCGACGAGCGGACGGGUGACGUCAAGAAGAAGCGGCCGAAGGUGUUGAAUGGCGGGGAGGUGGGGAGGGUGGAGGUAGAGUUUGGCGAUGAGAAAGGGGCGCCGGUGGAGAAGGGGCGGAGGGUGGUGUUGCGGUAUGAGGGGAGGACGAUCGCGGCCGGCUUGGUAGAAUGAUGGAAGGGAUGCUGCCGUACUCUUGGAAUGAAAUCACGCGUAACGAGCUGUAGACUCUUUGCAUAUAUUAGACAGAAAUACACUUG